GUUUAUCACAAAAAACAACGUUAUUUAAUUUUUUUCAUUUUGAGAUAAGUUGAGCAAAAUUGUUUUUUCAUAAAUGUUCUGAGCUAUUUUAUUCGGACAAGCAUAUGAAUAAUUAUUAAGUAUCUGAAAUUCUUACUUCAUAUAAAUUAAGGAUGAUAAUUUGCUGAUUAGCAAAACAUAUCUAGGCCCGAUUGGACCUCGCGAGGCCAAAGGGCGAGUAACGAAAUUGUGAACUAGACCAGCACACAUUAGGGUAAAGAUUGGCAAAGAUUCCCAUAUUAUCUUAUUUGUUCAGUUUAUUUUCGUUCUAUACAUAAUAAAAUUUAUAAAUACACUAAAUAAAUUAGAUUUACCAUAAGCAUGACUAUCAGCAACAAGAUAGCAAGUCCACGUGUAUUAAAAAAUACGUAUAGGCUCGUCUGUGUCACCGCUACUGUAGCCGCAGCGAUUUAACUUGUAGUUGUAGUUCGAUCGUGUGUAAACCCUCAUUAGUGUUUUCAUUUUUACUCACAAUAUUUUACCUGCUAAUAAUUGUUAAAUUUAUAUUGUUAGUUAAGAUAUCAAAAUGCUUCCCAGUUGUGCGAGAAAUAUUAACAAACCAACAAUAAGUUGUAAAAAGGUGUUACAGCUUAUCAAUGGCACCAAAAAUAAUUAUGCAACAGAAGUAAAGUGUGAAACAAAGCCAUAUAAACUACAUAAACUAGAUACUCCUCCAAGUGCAUCUACUACAUUGAGUAGAGAAGAUGCCUUAAAAUAUUAUAGAGAAAUGCAGGUAGUUCGUAGAAUGGAAGCUUCUGCCAACAAUCUUUACAAAACAAAACUCAUUCGUGGUUUCUGUCAUUUAUAUUCAGGCCAGGAAGCUGUAGCUGUAGGAAUUAAGGCAGCUCUUAGAUCCCAUGAUGCAGUAAUAACUGCUUAUCGUGAUCAUGGUUGGGCUUAUCUUAUGGGAGCAAGUGUUGUUGAAGUUCUUACUGAAUUAACUGGAAGAAAAAGUGGUUGUGCAAGAGGCAAAGGAGGUUCAAUGCAUAUGUAUACAGACAACUUUUAUGGAGGCAAUGGUAUUGUUGGAGCACAGGUACCACUUGGGGCUGGCAUAGCGUUUGCUUUAAAAUAUAAAGGGACAGAUGGAGUAUGUUUUGCACUGUAUGGUGAUGGUGCUGCCAAUCAAGGCCAAGUGUUUGAAACUUACAAUAUGGCUAAAUUAUGGAACUUGCCUUGUAUAUUUGUGUGUGAAAAUAAUGGUUAUGGUAUGGGAACGUCUGCUCAGAGAGCUGCUGCUAACACUGCCUUUUAUACCCGAGGUGACUAUGUACCUGGCUUGUGGGUAGAUGGUAUGGAUGUAGUGACAGUACGAGAAGCGGCUAGAUACGCAAUUGAUUAUUGCAAAAGUGGCAAGGGACCUCUUGUCAUAGAAGCUGCGACAUACAGAUAUUUUGGUCAUUCUAUGUCUGAUCCGGGAACAAGUUAUAGAACAAGAGAAGAAAUUCAAGAGGUAAGACAGAAAAGGGACCCAAUUACUCAUUUUCAGGAAUUGACAACGAACGCAGGUCUUCUUUCCGAGAACGAAAUAAAAGAAAUUAACGCUGACGUAAAGAAAGAAGUUGAUGAAGCCACCGAAAUUUCUAAGACGGAUUCGUCUAUAGGAUUAGACGAAUUAGCUACUGAUAUUUAUGCAAAUAAUUUAGAACCACAAAUACGAAACACGACGCCUUUUAAUCCAUUAACGCAUAAUCGGUUAGGAAAAGCAGUUAAUUUGGAAUAGAUGGUAAACUCAAUACGUUUAUUAUCAUUUUCAACAAUUUAUUUGUUAUCGUUUAUUUAGACUUGCAUCGGCUUGUUUCGUAAUUACGCAUUUUUAGAACUUUGUGAAUAUUGAAUGUAAAUAGAAAAUUGUUUUGUUUUCAUAAAUAAAACUUUUACCAAU